AUGAUGACUUUUACGAACGGGCACAGCGGUGUUAGAACACAGGCAACUCUUGACACUACUUCAUCAGUUCCAGCGCCCAAGGCAGAGCCUUCUCCCUCACUACCUUCUGCUGGUUCUCUGCCUAGCGUGGUAUCCACCACUGCUUCACUUCUGCCUUCAGCAUCGCAGCACACAGCAACGUUGCCCAGCUUGCCUCAGUCCAGUGAUUUGGCCAGCAGCUCACUUUCCCAGUUAAGCAGCUCCCUUUCCAAUCAUCAGAGCAGCCUCUCCCCUGCCUCAGUGUUGUCUUCAAGCACAUCACAUGCACACACUAGUGUUGAGAACACAACUUCACUCCAGCCCUCAACAACCUUUUCAACUGUUUCAAGCUCAGCUACUAGCACCACCUCUUCAGUUGUCAGCAUGGCAAGCAGUAUGAACACUACAAACAGCCUUGGCCUGGGCGUUACCAGUGUGUCUAUACCAGCUGCUACCACACGGGCGGCUCCCUUAGUGUCUUCAGGCAAAGCUCCCCCAAACCUGCCCCAAGGUGUACCGCCCUUGUUGCAUAACCAGUAUAUUGUGGGACCUGGAGGACUUCUGCCUGCCUACCCAAUUUAUGGUUAUGAAGAUCUCCAGAUGCUUCAAUCCAGGCUGCCAAUGGUAAGUAAAUGGCUUGGUUUAUUUAAUUUUAAACAAGUUAUCCUCAGUGUUGAUCAUUUGUGCAACACAAAUUAGUUCAUUUGAUGGUGA